GCGCUCUCUCUCUCUCUCUCAAAUCCCCUAUCUCUCUGUCUCUGCUCCUCUCUCUCUCUCUCUCUCGCAUUGCCUAGAGAGUGUGUUCUGUAAACAUCAUUACGACUGAAAUGCUAAUUCAAGCUCAUGCCUUCCAUUCCUAUGGCUUUGUUCCAAGAACCCUAGUGUCUGCAAGGACACCCUCCGCAAUGUGCGACUUGAAAUCCACACGGAAUGAGUGGCGCCCUUGGCGUGUGAGGUUGGACGUGUUCUACUCAGCCACAAGGGCGUGGAAUCGUCGAGUAUCGCAAUUGGGCGGAAUUAUGCGCGUGCGUUUCCCAGAAAUGAAGAGCGGAUGCGCCAUGGUUUCAGCUUCUCUGGGGCAGAGCUCAAGUGUCUAUACGGGAAGGAAAAGAAAAGUUGUUGAACAUGUAUGUCUACUCAAAGCAAAGGAGGGUUUAUCUGAUGAGAAAGAGAAGGACAUGAUGGAUUAUCUUUAUACAUCCCAAUAUCAGAUGGGGGGCAUUGUGGCAGUAUCAAUAGGUCGUAUCUCUGAUAGGAAUCUUGAAAAUUACACCCAUGCUUUCUAUAUGCGUUUCCAAAGGAAGGAUGACCUCACAAAGUUUUACAGUAAUCCUUUCUACUUGGGAGUUCUCAAGGACUAUGUAAAUCCUUACUGCCAUGGGCUAAUAAAUGUUGAUUAUGAAUCUGAAGUCGAAGAUGACAUCCUACCUAUAUUUCGGAAAGGAGAGGAAUUUAACUAUGGUGUGGAGUUUGUUCUUCUCAUUAAAUUUGUAGAGAGUGCAGCUGACAGGUCUGUGGAUGAUGCAUUGUCUUCUCUGGCAAAACUGACAAUGGAAUUUCCAUCCUUAGUUGUCCAAGCUACUCAAGGUGGUUCAAAUUUCAAUCAAACCAGUAAGGAAUAUACACAUGGAGUGGUGAUACGAUUUCGGUCAUUUGAGGCUUUUGAGAUGUUUAUGAACAGUUCAGAAUACAAAGAUGUGUGGAGCUCCAAAUUCCAAUCGAUCACCAGUAAAACACUUCCCAUUCAUUUUUCUGUGGAUCCUGUGGGUACUGAGAUCAUGUAGGAAAUUUCCUGUAACAUUCAUGAAGUUCUGGAAAAUGCAAUCUUAAUAUGUGUUGGUUCGCUUAGAAGAAACAUACAGGCAGGUGCAGGAAUACGACCAUAACAAUCUUUUUCCUUUCAUGAUUUCUAAUUCAUCUAGAACAAUUCAUGCCUAUAAUGUACAUCAGCCAUUUACCUGUGCGUUGCACAUUUUUUUUAUUCUUUUUAUUUUAUAUCAUUUAACAUACAUUUGUAUGAAUAUUUUUGUGUUGGGUAAAAAUUGUAAUAUAUCUUGUAACUUAUUGUUGAAUAACAACUUCAUAAUUUAUUUACAAUAUUUUAGGAAAUCUUUUUUGUAUGUGGUGUAUGGCUAUUCCGGACUUCUUUUUCUUCAUUAAAGAAGAAAAUGAAUGCAUUGAAUUCUAAAACUAAAUGAAAGAGAUAAUUGAUUGGUAGGAGCACACAGCAAAUUUCAGUUGAUCACCUGCAAACUAGGGGCUCCUUGAAGGAAUGUCAAAAUUGACAAAAGUUUCAAUGAAUCAUAUUAGUCCAUUGAAUUAUUAAAAUUCUUCAAGGAUUUCAUAGAAUUUGGCAACAAGUUCAACAAAUCUUAUUAGUCUCUUCAACUUCUCCAAGAACACUCUUAAAGAGAGACCUUUUAUAAAACAGUAGUUUAACCUUUCUACAUGCCAAUUAUUAUAUGUCAAUGUGGCAAUUUUUUAGUUACACUUUCAUGCUGCAUCUAUUUUCACAUGCAGUAUAAAGAUUUAUAGAUUUCUUCUUUCAGCUUUGUUCAUUUAGCAUAUUUCAGUGCUUUUCUUUUUCUUUUACUGGUAUUCUUUUGCUGGGUUAAGGCUUGUGGUGGCUGUUGUUGUUGCUGUGUAACAAUUGGCAUUCUUUUGUGGACAGUGACACCCUUCUUUUGAGACACUACUGAUUAUUUGAUGAAGUAAAGAUGCAUAUUAAGCAAAUGGUCAAUAUUUUCUUCUCAUCAAGCUAACAUUCUUAUUCUUGUUAAUGGACGAUUGGGUUACGUUGAAUUUAGUAUGGAAGUAUGAAAAUUGAAUAGAAAAACUAUGGCCUAAGAGCAACAUCGGAGUCAGGACCUUGGGUUAGGGAGGGCAAGUCUCAAGUUUGUAUACUAUUUUUUUUUUUUUUUGGCAUUACUUAACUGUCCCCUAUCUUUUUUAUUUCAAGGGGGGCAAGUAUUAGAGGGGAUAAUAAUUUGUAUGCACAACAUCAAGGGGGCAAGGGUAAUUUUAUAUGUUGGGAGGGGAGGUGCAAUUGCCCACCCUCAAACAUAUGUAGUUUCGCCCCUGCUUAAGAGAUUCUUGAAUCGGUAUAGUUCAGUUGUCUGAUGAAAGUGAAAGUUUGUCUGCAUCCAUAAGCAUAAGCAGAAGCAUGAGGUACUGUUUCAUCAGUCCACAGUCUUUAAGAAACCCUGAAGCAUGAGAACUCAUAACAAUUCUACUCAUAUUGUUGCAAAUUUUCUUGAAGGUAACUGUCUUAUCUCUUCUCUAUCCUUUGUUUUUUCUAUUCUGUAAGCACUUUCUUGCAUAUAUUAACCGGUAGCCCUGGAAGAAUAAGUUCUUCUCCCAGAAAAAAAUUUCAUCUAUAUUCUCUUACUAAUUUGAAUUAUCCCAUCAAUAUUGGUGUUUCCUUCUCCCCCCACAAUCGAAGGCUGAACUCUUCGAUAUAUGGCCAUUUGUGGU